AUGUCCCUUCAUAACCAUCUGUUUGGUUACCAAGAAAAUUUUGAAAAUUUUCCCGGAAAACAGAAUUCCCAUCUCUCAUUUCACUUCAAUUACUUGGAAGAGAUGUUAUUUGCCGACAUGUCGUUAUCGUCGUCGUCAUCGUCGUCUGAUUCGAGCCCUUGUUUGUCUCCGGAGAUGCACGUUAAGGAGGAGAUAGAAGACGGCGAUAUUGUUGUGCAAGAAGAUCGGACACCGAAGGAGGAGAGGGCUUAUAGAGGUGUGCGGAGGAGGCCGUGGGGGAAGUACGCAGCCGAGAUAAGAGACUCGACUCGACAAGGGGUGAGGGUUUGGUUGGGGACGUUUGAUAGUGCGGAGGCUGCGGCAUUGGCUUAUGACCAAGCCGCGUUUUGCAUGAGAGGUGCAUUAGCUACACUCAAUUUUCCAGUGGAGGUUGUUCGAGAGUCGCUCUAUGAAAUGAAGUAUCGGUGGGAGGUCGGGUGCUCGCCUGUCUUGGCGCUCAAACGACGUCACACGAUACGGAGGAAGAAGAUGGCAGAAGCCGAGAAGAUGGAGAAGAAGAUGAAGAAGAAGAAAAAUGUAGUUGUUUUUGAGGAUUUGGGUGUUGAGUACUUAGAAGAACUUUUAAGUUUGACUUCUUAA